AAAGCUCACUGUAAAACCAAAUUCCCGUCGGCCUUCCGCGCUGGCGCUGGCGCUGGCGGGGCCGUUUUCACGUAGCGUGUCCUUUCAACUCAAAAGAAAAAAUAAAAUAAAAAUAUAAAAAAAUAAAAAAGGUUCCAAAUUCCCCUUUCAAACUUGCUUCAAUCAUCAUCCUCUUCCAUUGCAUAAUUUACAUUGCAUCCCCAUCUUUUCUCUCUUUCUUCAUUUCCUCUUCUCUGUUUGUAGUGAUGUCGUACGAUUAUCUGUUCAAGUACAUCAUCAUCGGCGAUACAGGUGUCGGCAAAUCUUGCUUGCUUUUGCAGUUCACGGACAAGAGGUUUCAGCCUGUUCACGAUCUCACUAUUGGCGUUGAGUUUGGUGCUCGUAUGGUCACCAUCGAUGGCCGACCUAUUAAGCUUCAGAUAUGGGAUACUGCUGGGCAAGAAUCAUUCAGAUCAAUUACAAGAUCUUACUACAGAGGGGCAGCUGGUGCUCUUUUAGUAUAUGACAUUACCAGGAGGGAAACUUUCAAUCACUUGGCAAGCUGGUUGGAAGAUGCUCGGCAGCAUGCAAAUCCCAACAUGUCGAUUAUGCUUGUAGGGAACAAGGCUGAUCUCGCUCAUCGAAGAGCUGUAAGCAAGGAAGAGGGAGAACAAUUUGCGAAAGAAAAUGGACUCUUAUUCUUAGAGGCAUCUGCUAGAACAGCCCAAAAUGUUGAGGAGGCAUUUAUAAAAACUGCAGCUAAAAUACUUCAAAAUAUUCAAGAAGGCGUCUUUGAUGUAUCCAAUGAGUCAUCUGGGAUCAAGGUCGGUUAUGGGCGUCCUCAAGGGCCAUCUGGGGCGAGAGAUGGAGCAGUUGCACAGAGAGGUGGAUGCUGUGGCUAAUUGUAACACCAAAAGAAAGUAACGUGUAUAUGAUGAAGAACCAUUUUGUGCAAGUUGUUUUACUCUUGUGCAACCCGCCAUGAUUAAGUUUCUUGUGUAUCCUUCUUCUAUAAGCAUUAGAAUGUACAAUGUACAGUGUCUUGCAUAACUCAGAAGUCUAUUUCCCAAACUAAUUCUUUUCUACUCUGACUCCCAAAGCAAUUAGUUUGUACAUUUGAUUA